GCUGGUUCAAAAUAAAAUUUAAAGUUUUAUGCAAAAAAAAUUAUUAUUCAAUUUUGAAGAGUAACAAUGUAGGCCGAUUAGUGACUGGCGAUUACAAAAUAUCGGCCUAUCCAAAAUGUAUUUAUGCGGUAAUCAAAAAGUGGAUUUUUGAGAGAAAGUGAAUAAUUAAAAGGAAUAGUAAAAAAUAACGAUAAAAGUGAUAACUGCCAAGUGAAUUGUAUAUCAAGUGUUCCCGCGGCCGCCAACCCAAUUGACAUGUAUAUUCCGAGCAAAUUGAAAGAAAACUCGAUCGGUUCGGAUUUUGGAUUCGUUGGACUAGAAACCUUCGAAAAAUCAAAUUAAUCUUAAUUAUUGUUGCUUGUUUGUUUAAGAGACGACCACGACUACAAGAGAGAGAAAAAAAAACCGCCGUCAUCGAUUACGCAUUUAUGUAACACGUAUUUGAAUUCACGUUUUACAAGUUUCGAAUCUUGGUUCUCCCGAUGGUUGUGCAUUGUGCGCACGCUUGCACUCUACAUUCAAGCAAUUUUGUGUGCAUAUUUGCGGUGGGCGCCGUGUUCCAUAUUAGUUUGGUCAAUGCAAUUCUUCAUCCAAAUAUCGGAGUGCUGCCAAUCGAGCCAUCGUUGCCAGUAACAUUUUUGGACCCUGUGAAUACUCCCGUUUAUUCCGGUUACGACAGUAAUUUUGUGACAACAAACGAUUUGAGUAAAUUGACUGCUUUUAGUCCAACUUAUUACACACCCCAAACACUUUCGACAGUUUUUGGAACAGUAAAAUCUCCGAAUGACCUUUUCGAUGACUAUAGUUACUAUCAUAAUGGACGAUAUUUGAAGCAAUAUUUUGUAUCCGAAGAAAAUGUCGACGAUAUCAAUGCAUUGAAUAGUUUUUUGAGCCGUUUCAUGCCAUUUGUUCCGGCCAAUUACAAUGUACCGGCUUCUAAACUGCCGAAUUUAGGCUUUCCAACAAUAACACCAUCACCACCACAGACAGUACCCGCUCAAAAUAACCCGUUCAAUGGUUUCUAUUCAAUCAACACAAUAAACCCAUUUAGCGCGAUAAAUCCGAGAGUUGCACCAGUUCAGCCGGUUCGGCCAGUUCAAUUGGGAUCUGGCUCACUGGGAUACGUGCGCCUACCAAACGGUGCAGUCUACCUGGGAUCUGGCUCAUUGGGUUACACCAACGAUAGAAUUAAAGCCGACGAACUCAAUGAAGUUCGCAAUCGACAGAGUCCACAAGCAAGCCCAUUAACAUUUGGUGAAACACCACGAUAGAAGAGAAAAAUUCAAUCUGUGAAAACAAAAUAAUUUAUUUAUUCUUUUGUAUACUAGUAGUUUGAAACGCAUGAAAAAAAAUCCUUCAAAAUCGAAUUUGUUUAGCUGUAAUUUCCGAUCGAAACUUUUGUCUUCCGAUAGAAAAAAAAAUUCAAUCGCACAAACACGUAAUGUA